GGCCUAGGUCUGGAGCACGUGACUCUAUUUCGGCUCGCUGAAGAUGGCGGCGCCCAUGGCUGCAGCGUGAAAAGUGGUUGGUGGAAGACGCUGUCCCUCUUUGCUGGAAUCAGAUCAGUGGCACCGUGCGCCAUGUCGCGAUUGAUUGUGAAGAACCUCCCGAAUGGGAUGAAGGAGGAGCGUUUCAAGCAGCUGUUUGCCGCCUUCGGCACGCUGACGGACUGCAGCCUGAAGUUCACCCGAGAAGGCAAGUUCCGCAAGUUCGGCUUCAUCGGCUUCAAGUCUGAGGAAGAGGCCCAGAAGGCCCUGGACCAUUUCAACAGGAGCUUUGUCGACACUUCCCGGAUCACGGUGGAGUUCUGCAAGUCAUUUGGGGACCCCACGAAGCCCCGAGCCUGGAGCAAGCACGCCCAGAAACCAAGCCCGUCCCAGCCGCCUGCGAAGGACAAAGACUCCGUCCCCCCAGAAGCUAAGAAAGACAAGAAGAAAAAGUCAGCAGGUGAACUGGAGAAGCUGAAGGAGGACACCGAGUUCCGGGAGUUCCUGUCGGUGCACCAGAAGCGGACGCAGGCAGCCACUUGGGCUAACGAUGCCCUGGACGCGGAGCCCUCAAAAGGGAAGAGCAAGCUGGCCAGUGACUACCUGAACUUUGACUCCGACUCGGGCCAGGAGAGCGAGGAGGAGGGGGCCGGGGAGGGCCCAGAAGAAGAGGGCGGCAGCUGCGAACCGAAGGCCGCUGCGCAGAAGGAGCUGUCGGACAUGGAGUACCUGAAGUCCAAGGUGGUGAGGGCCGACUCGCCAUCCUCCUCCGGAGAGGAGAGCGAGGAUGAAGCCGUGAACUGUGACGAAGGCAGCGAGGACGAGGAGGAGGAUCCCCGUGCUGCCCCCGCCCAGCGGGACCAAGACAGGACGGGCCCGGGCCCAGAGCAGGGGACGCCGUCUGGGAAUAAGAAGCCCCAGGAGGCCAGAGCUGAGACGGAGAAACCGGCGGCCCAGAGGGAGCCCACCACCCCCCACACGGUGAAGCUGCGGGGAGCCCCGUUCAACGUCACCGAGAAGAACGUGCUGGAAUUCCUGGCACCCCUGAAACCGGCAGCCAUCCGAAUCGUGAGAAACGCCCACGGGAACAAAACAGGCUACAUCUUCGUGGAUUUCAGCAGUGAGGAGGAAGUGAAGCAAGCUCUGAAAUGCAACAGAGAAUACAUGGGGGGCCGCUACAUCGAGGUGUUCAGGGAGCAGAAGGCCCCCACGGCCAAGGGGCCCCCGAAGGUGAGCGCCAAGCCCUGGCAAGGCCGGACGCUCGGGGAGCACGAGGAGGAGGAGGACCUGGCGGACUCCGGGAGGCUCUUUGUGCGGAACCUGCCCUACACCAGCACCGAGGAGGACCUGGAGCGGCUCUUCUCCAGAUUCGGGCCCCUGUCCGAGCUGCACUGCCCCAUCGACGGCCUGACCAAGAAGCCCAAGGGCUUCGCCUUCGUCACCUUCAUGAUCCCCGAGCACGCCGUGAGGGCCUACGCGGAGGUGGACGGGCAGGUGUUCCAGGGCCGGAUGCUGCACGUGCUGCCGUCCACCAUCAAGAAGGAGGCCAGCGAGGACGCCAGCGCCCCGGGAACAUCCUCCUACAAGAAGAAAAAGGAGGCCAAAGACAAAGCCAGCAGCUCCAGCUCACACAACUGGAACACGCUGUUCAUGGGCCCCAACGCCGUAGCUGAUGCCAUCGCACAGAAGUACAGCGCCACCAAGAGCCAAGUGUUUGACCACGAGACCAAGGGCAGCGUGGCCGUGCGCGUGGCCCUGGGGGAGACCCAGCUAGUCCAGGAAGUACGGCGCUUCCUCAUCGACAACGGGGUCAGCCUGGAUUCCUUCAGCCAGGCUGCCGCGGAGCGCAGCAAGACCGUGAUUCUGGCGAAGAACCUGCCGGCAGGCACCUUGGCGGCCGAGCUGCAGGAGCUCUUUGGCCGGUUCGGCAGCCUGGGCCGCGUGCUGCUGCCCGAGGGUGGCGUCACCGCCAUCGUGGAGUUCCUGGAGCCCCUGGAGGCCCGCAAGGCCUUCAGGCAGCUGGCCUAUUCCAAGUUCCACCACGUGCCCCUGUAUCUGGAGUGGGCUCCAGUGGGCGUCUUCUGCAGCGCGGCCCCGCAGACGAGGGGAGCCCGGGACGCACCCGUGGAACCUGCGGAGGAGGACGCCGCGGAGCCGGAGACCGUGCCCGACGGCAAGACUGUGGAAGCUGCAAAGGGAACAGAAGGAGGAGCAGGGGACUCUUCAUCAAAGAUGGAAGAAGAGGAAGAGGAGGAGGAGGAGGAGAGCCUGCCUGGGUGCACUCUGUUCAUUAAAAACCUGAACUUCGACACCACCGAGGAGACCCUGAAGGGGGUGUUCUCCAAAGCGGGCGCCGUGAAGAGCUGCUCCAUCUCCAGGAAGAAGAACAAAGCAGGAGCGCUGCUGUCCAUGGGGUUCGGCUUCGUGGAGUACAGGAAGCCCGAGCAGGCCCAGAAAGCGCUCAAGCAGCUCCAGGGCCACGUCGUGGACGGCCACAAGCUGGAAGUGAGGAUCUCGGAACGAGCCACCAAGCCAGCCCUCACAUCCGCUCGGAAGAAACAGGUCCCCAGAAAGCAGACCACCUCCAAGAUCCUGGUGCGGAACAUCCCCUUCCAGGCCGACCGCCGGGAGAUCCGAGAGCUCUUCAGCACCUUCGGGGAGCUGAAGACCGUCCGCUUGCCGAAGAAGAUGGCGGGGACAGGCUCGCACCGAGGGUUCGGCUUCGUGGACUUCCUCACCAAGCAGGACGCGAAGAGAGCCUUCAGCGCCCUGUGCCACAGCACCCACUUGUACGGCCGGAGGCUGGUCCUGGAGUGGGCCGACUCCGAGGUGACCUUGCAGGCCCUGCGGCGGAAGACGGCCGAGCGCUUCCACGAGCCCCCGAAGAAAAAGCGGUCUGCGGUGUUGGACGAGAUCCUGGAGCAGCUGGAAGACAGUGAAAACGACAGUGAGGAGCGAACCCUUCAGCUGCGCGCUGGCACCGAGAGGGGCUGCUGAGCGGGAGUCCGGCCUGCGUCUGUCCGAGGGCCUGCCCCGUCCUCGUCACGGGACCGCAAGCCCCGCCUUCGUCCCCCUGGCAUCCCCCGCCCCUGCCGACCAGGGCUGGGGAGGCCUCUGAGCUGCUGGGGAAGCCCCUGCUCUGAGCCCAGACGCAGCCCCGCGGGUGGAGCCCAGCUGUGUCCCUAAUGGCAGACACCCUGUGCCCACGGGCCGGGAGCCCCGUGAGAUACAUCCAGGCCCCCAGCCCGGGGAGCGAGCCUCGCCCCCAGGAGGGCUCGUGCCUGGCGCAGGCCAGGGAGCCGCAGGCCCGAGGGACCUGGGUCUGACCCGCAGCCAUCCGAGCCCAGCUGCACAACCUCACACCCCGAGGCCCCUCUGACCCUCAGCAUCUCUCUCCCUAAGGUGGGGGUGGUGCUGAGCCCCACCUCUGAGACCCACCUCAGAGGCAGGGCUCAGACUCACUUGGUCGGCACCCUCGGCCUCGUGUUCUCUCCUUGUUGGGGCCUGUGGGAGGCUCCUAGAGAGAGUCCGAGAACCUUCUGUCUUGUUGUGUAAAGCUCGGUCUGUGCGUUUUGGGGGUUUAGUCCUCGUCCAGCUGGUGGAGCAGCCUGGGACCCCAACCACACCCCGCGCCCCGGCUGCCCCGCAGGCCUGGCUUAUCGCCGGGCGCCCCCAGGACCGACUGCAGAAACAGCCCCGGAGCGGCUCAUCCCAGCCGCCCGCAGGGUGUCCCAGACUGCAGGCAAGCACAGCUCCUGGGCGGGGUCUGUGUGUGUGGUAGGGCGGGUGUUGAGCCACUCUGGCCAGACCCUCGGCUCCCGGAGGUUGGGACAGAACCGGGAGGAGGCUGUGACGGAGGCAGGAGCGGAGCAGGCUCCCGGCAGAGGCACAGCAGUGCCCCAGGGCCCUGGGCUUCGGCGGGGUCCCGUACCCCUGACCAGCCUGUGGGCCCAGGGGUGCGGGAGCGGGGCCCGAGCGGCAGGUGCGGAGCCAGCCCCCUUCCGGGGCUGGGGCCCCGCCUGGGUGCCUCUGCCACCCCCGCCCACUCUGACUCCUGCCGGUCCCAUCUCCCAGGCUCCCCUGCCAACAGUGCUUCCUGUCGGGCUUACCCGGGGGAGCCCCAGCGGGCACCUGGGGGCCACGGUACCCCCGCCCUCUGUCCUUGGUGGCUUCUCCACUGAGGGGCCAGCCCUGGAUUCUAGCCCUACCGCCACCUCCCGGAGGCCAUGCAGCCAGAGUGCUGUCGCCCCCGACGCCUGGCCCUCGGCCCCUCCAGCUCCUCUGGAACGAGCUCCGAGUCCCCUCUGGAGCUGCCUGACGGGGGCAGCGAGGACGUGGGGAGCCAGCGAGGCCUGCUGCCGGAGUGACUGGGGGGAGGCCUGAGGUGGCCUCGUGGAGGGACAGGAAGUGCAGUUGGGAGACAGGAGCGCAUUUGGCUUGCGUGUAGGGGGCUCCAGAGGCUGAGCAAGGGGAGCAGGGGGGCUGCAGAGCUUGGCGGUCUUCAGGGUGAGCCCGGGGCGAGGGGCAAAGGAGCCAUGGAGGGGGGGGGUUGGAAUGUGGGGCCGGACUCAGGGAAGGAAAGGAGCACAGGCAGCCUGGGCCCCUGGGCCCGGUGGGUGGGCACACAGGCCACCUGCUGGAGGGGCUGGCGGUCAGGCAGGAGGCGGAGGUGAGGGACCAGGAGGUGCGUUUCUCGGGGAGGGCAUCUCAGCUCCGCACCCAGUGCCCAGGUGACCUGCAGCCGGGGGCUCAGCGCCUCCUGCCUUGGUUUCCCUGCCUUUAAAAUGGGUACAAGAAGAAUUUCUGCCUGCUGGGACUAUUUCUAAAAUUAAAUAAAA